AUGGCCGGAGCUGGAGAAGAGGAGGACGAUGAUUAUAUGGGAGACCUCUCGCAGUUUCUGCCGCCGGAAGUUUCUCGAUCCUCGUCGAAGAAGGGUCCAGUAGCACCGAGUUCCUCAAGCAAGAAACCGAAAGCCCUAAACUGGCAAGAACAGAAAAAGCUCAAACGAGAACGAAAACAAAUCGAAGAGGACAAACAAACGCUGGAAAACUUGGGCUCGGCUAUACCGCAAUCCAACAUCGGUUUCAAACUGCUAAAGCAAAUGGGCUACACUCCGGGCUCGGCAUUAGGCAAGGAAGGCUCAGGAAGGGCUGAACCUGUUUCGGUUGAAAUAAGAAGGGGCCGAGCGGGGAUCGGCAAAGAGGACCCAAAAAUAGAAAAGGCAAGGAGAGAGAAGAGAAAUGAGGAGAGGAAGAAGAGAAAAGAAGAGGAGUUGAUGGAAGAUUUUGGGAGCCGUCAGAAGGAGAGAUGGAAAGGAAGGAGGACCGUGGUUAAUUUUCAUAAGGCUGAUUCUGUGCUAGCACAGCUGGAAAACAGGGACGUUCUUGAGGUGGAAAAGAAGGAAGAUGGUGAAGAGGAAAAGGAAGAUGAGGAAGAAGAAGAAGAAGAAAUUACAGAAGAGGAUCUGCUUAAUAUUUUGCUUAAGCUGCGAAAUGAGUUCCUGUACUGUCUCUUUUGUGGAUGUAAGUAUGACACAGUGGAGGAACUGGAGUCGAACUGUCCGGGGAUUAAUGAGGACGACCAUUAG